UCAUGUUGUGUUGUUGUAAUUAUUUAUCAACCGAAUGAAUUUAAUUUUAAAUAAAAAUACAUAUCUAUGUAAAUAUAAGCGAUCACGGUUAUAUUGACUCUUUAAUUUUGGACAUAAAUCAUUACUUUAAGUUUUCUUAUCCUUAAUCUGAAUCUCCUUGGCGUUUUACAUAUAGUAAUAAAUUAACAUCUUAUAUUGUAAAAAUGCCUGCCGUGACAUCACCGUCUGAUGAUGAGCAUAAUGAUGGUGACCAGAAAAUGUGGCAUGCGCUUAAACGAUAUAUUAUACGUGAACGGCAAAGGAAGAAAGAAGAAUAUGAAGCAGAAGUAGAAGAAGAGAGACUACGAAAAGAACGCGAGGCUAGGGAAAGGCAGGAUGUUAUGACCCUAGAGGAAACAAAAGAACAAAUUGACCAGUUAGAACAAAAAUUAAAGCAAUUAGAAAAAGAAAAGCAACAACUGUUCAUGCAAUUAAAGAAAGUAUUGAAUGAAGAUGAGGUUAGAAAACGACAACAACAAAAAGAAUCAAAUGAAAUGCAACCAAUGAAGAUGCCAAUGGGCAAUAUUCAAAUUCCAAUGUUCCCUAUGUCAUCAUCUACUGGUCAAGGUGAACCACCACCUCCGCAGGGCAGACCGCAGGCCAUGUCAUCACAUAUACUUAAUAAGAAUAAACAUUCAAACUACAUGCUGUUUCCACAACAGCAAACUAUAGUGCGUGGUCCGAUGCAAUCUGGUGUAAAACGUCCACGGAGCCCGUCUCCGACAUAUGCUUUGUACGCACAAAGAAUACAUCCACCACCUAUGAAGCAUCAACAGGUUUAUUCUGAUCAUAAAGUAGAAGAUGGCCGCAUGGGCCGUCAGAUGGCCCGCGCAGUGCUUUGGAACAAGCCGUCACAAUACGCUUCCAACGUGGGCAACUCGUCAUCGGGCGCGUACUACGCGAUGCCCUCAUCGGGCGUGGUGGUGGGCGAGCGGCCGCCCACACUGCUGUACCCGCACCACGGCCACGCGCCCCACACGCCCCACACCCCCCACACACCGCACACCCCCCACCACACCAACCUCAUGUAUGCGCCCGCGCCGCAGCCGCAGUUAUACAUCGAUAUAUUGAAGAAUAGAGAGGGACAACAACAUCAGGAACAAAAGAAAGACCCUCAGCCGCAGGUGCUGAUCGGUUUGAGCGAGGCUCACCAUCCCUCUGUAAGCAGCGGCGUUGUGUACGCACAGCCGCCUCCAGUCAGCCGACACAUUGCGAUACAUCCACCACCGCAGCAUAACAACAUGCAGACAGCGAAACCGGGCAGUAUAACUCAAGGCUAUCCAGUACAGCAAUCCAAUAAUGUGCAGAACCCUAAUAUAUAUCCGAAUCGUCAUCGAUAUUAGCUAUUGGUGAUCCACCGGCCGCAGCAUCCGCAGCCUCCUUAGCAUUGGAAGAAACGCAUCGCUCAUAGAUCACACAAUGUUUAGUACAACAACGAAAAUAGUUACAUCUUUCAAUGUAACUAUUUUCGUCCGAUAGAUUCAACAUUCAUGUUCUCACAUCACUUCAGUAUUCAUAUAGCUUAUAUAUGUUUAAAAACCUUCAUAUAAAUUAAUUACAUUACUCAUUUAAUCGUCUUAGGAGAUACAUCGUUUUGUACGUCUUAUAAUCUAAGUGUUUCAAUGCAUACGUUUUUUAAUAUUCUUUUUCAGUGUAGUAUAUAAUUUGUUAUAUAAAAAUAGUCUGAGGCAAUGGUGUGUGCUUAACAUUAGUGUAUGGACUGUGCAGUGAUUUAAAAAAAAACUGUGAAAUUAUUCAUAUUUUUACGAACUAUUAACAUGAAAAAAACAGUGCGUAAAUUAGACAUGUACAAAAAUAAUUCACAUAUGCGAUAUAUUUAGUUGUUUUUUUUAUUAUUGUAUUUUUAUGUACCUGUGUGAUUUAUAAAAAUCGAUUUAUUAUGAUAGUAGGGGAGACCAAUCGGGGAUUAUAGUAUUUAUUCUACUCUACUUAUUUAACGUGGAACGUUUAAUUUGUGUGUGUACUCUGUUGAGUGCAAGGUUUCCCUUUUAUAUUUAACUGUCAAGUUUGAGUAAAUCCAAAAAUCCCCGCUUGUCCUCCCUUAUUAUGACAGAAAAAUGUCGAUGAACAAAUGUUUUUGAUGAUGAUUUUGAUACGUUGAAAAGUUUACUUAAAUUCGAGUCAAUUAUUCCAAGAUUGUUUCAAAAUAAAAAAGAAAUAUUUUAUAGAUUUAUUUUAAUACAUUUUGUCUAUGUUAAUUUUAUUCAUUUUUUAUUACUGUUAGAAAUGUGGGAAUGGCCUCAGCAUGUUGUGAAUAAAAAAACGUAGUGUUUCAUUUAAGCAAUAGAAGUAGAGAUCAAUUUAUUCCAAUAAAUAUAGAUGUAUUCAUAUAAAUCCAAUUUGUAGCAAUUAAAAAUAAUAAAAAAAAUAUCUUAAUCAGAGUCCAAAUAUACUGAAAAACAUUUUUUUAUAUCAA